UACAUCAAUUUUGCGUUAGGUAAGCUUUAAAAUCACAAGGCGCGUUCAUAAAUAAGACCCGUUCACCUUAGUUUUUUCAAACAGGAGGAACCUACACUUUUUGCGCCCCAACAACACCCCCCACCCUCCCGGGGGGGCGGGGGCCAUCGUUACCUUCCGUAUCUUGCAAAACCUUAAAAAGGACGUAACCAUGGGGGAAGCUCGAAGAUACGUGGCCUCUGGUUUUUUCUAUGGCAAUGAUCAUCAUCAACUGCCGCAAACGAGACAUGUCUCUUGGUCCUCCAAGAUUUGUCAUUGUUCUGACGAUUUAUGCAGCUGUUGGACAACGUUCUUUUGCCCAUGCGUCACUUUUGGGAGGAUCGCGAAGGAUGCGGAAGAAGGAUGUUCAUCUUGCGUGAAGAAAGGCGCACUCUACUGUUUAGCCGCUGCUUUAACCUUUGGUCUUGGAGCUUGCUGUUGCGGUUGCUACAAUCGCUCCAAGAUGAGGAAGAGAUUCAAUUUAGAGCAGAACCGAUGCGCCGAUUGUUCUGCUCAUUUCCUUUGCCAUUUUUGUGCUCUGUGUCAAGAGUAUCGUCAUCUCCAAGGUUUUCGGAAGGACGAUUAUGGAAAUGACAUGCAAGAAUUUUAAUUUUCUUCCACUACCAUACAAGUGUGGGUUCACUCUCUGAUUUCAACUCAUUUCCUUCCAUAUCCACUUCACUUCUGAUUUAUAUCACGUCUACUGCUAGUGUAAAGUACUUUGUACAUAAAGAUAAAUAUAUUAGAAGUCCUAAAAGUAGUUACAUUUGUGCAAUUGAAUUCUAAAAUUUUCCAAAAAUGCAAUUAAAUCCUAAAACUUGUUACAAAAGUGCAUUUGAGUUAUAAAACUUUUAGAAAAUGUAAUCAAGUCCUCAAAUUUAUCAAAUUGGUACAAUCAAGUCCGUUCAUUGAUUGUACUUAUUGAAAAGUUUAGGAUUUAAUUGUACUUCUGUAAUAAGUUUUAAGACUUGAUGGCAUAUUUUAAAAGUUUUAAAAUUUGAUUGUAUUUUGGUGACAAGUUUUAAGAUUUAAAUGCACUUUUUUUUAGAGUUUUAGGACUUAACUGUACUUUUAUAAUAAGGUUUAGGACUUUCACGCAAUUCUGUAUUUAAUCAUUGUAUCUUCCACGCAAAGUAAUCUCGGAGGCCAUGUUUGGCCAUCUUGUGGAUAGUGUGGAUCGAGUGAGUUAAAAAGUUCGGAUGCAUUUGUUGUCACAUCAAUGGUUUUACUUAUGCAUUGAGGAUGCUUAUUUGGUUCUUUUGGUUCUGAUGCAUGCGACUACUGGAACUUUUUCGGGA